GUGUGUUUGGUGUUGGGACCAAUGAAGUGAAGUCUGUUUCAGUGAAGAAGGGAGAUUCUAUAAUUCUACACAGUGAUGUUAAUGGUAUACACAAAUAUGAUGAGAUCGAGUGGCGUUUUGUACAACUACGUAUAGCUAGAAUAAAGAAAGCAGUCGGGAAUGAUCCUCAAUAUGAUAAUGACGAAACAUUCAGAGACAGACUGAAGCUGGAUCAGACUGGAUCUCUGACCAUCACAAACACCAGAACCACAGACUCUGGACUUUAUAAAUUAACUAUCACUAUUAAGAAUCAGGAGACUAUCAAGAAAUUUUAUGUUACUGUUUAUGCUCGUCUUCCAGUUCCUGUUAUCUCCAGAAACUCUUCACAUUGUUCAUCAUCAUAUUGUUCAUUGGUGUGUUCAGCUGUGAAUGUGGGUCAUGUGACUCUCUCCUGGUACAAAGGAAACAGUUUAUUGUCCAGCAUCAGUGUGUCUGAUCUCAGCAUCAGUCUCUCUCUACCUCUGGAGGUGGAAUAUCAGGAUAAAAACACCUACAGCUGUGUGCUCAACAAUCCCAUCAGCAACCAGACCACACAUCUCAACAUCAGCAAACUCUGUCACACAUGUGCAGACUCUGUCCUCUAUUGUGGCACUGCUGAAGUUGUGACCCGAUUGGUCAUCUCUGCUUUGAUGGGCGUGGCUGCCAUUGUUGUUCUGGUUUAUGACAUCAAAUCCAGAACAGGAGAGAAGAGAACUGACAUCAGUUUAAGACAACGAUCAAUCAGAAAUUAAAAAUGUUAA